AUGGAUCCUUCCUCCUCGAAACCUGUUCGCAAGCCCGAUAUCAAGAAGAAACUUGUGGUCGUAGGCGAUGGUGGUUGUGGCAAGACGUGUUUGCUCAUUGUAUAUGCCGAAAACCGUUUUCCUGAGGCGUAUAUUCCAACCGUGUUCGAGAACUAUGUUACGCAAGUCCCCUUUGAAGGGAAGCUGGUGGAACUCGCAUUAUGGGACACAGCGGGCCAAGAAGAAUAUGACAGACUACGACCGCUCAGCUACCCAGAAAGUGACGUGAUACUUAUAGUAUUCUCGAUCGAUUUCCCUGUCAGUCUAGGCAAUGUACAAGACAAGUGGUAUCCCGAAGUCGCGCAUUUCUGUGAAGGCACGCCGCUUAUCCUCGUUGGCACCAAGACCGAUUUACGACGGGAUGACCAAACAAGACGGAUGCUGAGCGCACAGGGCCAAACGCCCGUCACGCCGGAACAAGGUGGUGCAGUUGCACGCGAUAUAGGAGCCAAGUACAUCGAAUGCUCAGCGAAAACUGGUGUCGGGGUGCAGGAGGUAUUUGCCAUGGCACUGAAGGAGAGUAUGAAGGGCAAAUGGGGCAAGAUGGUGCGGCAACGAAAAUGCAUGAUAUUAUAA